GGUAUUUUUUUUGAGGUCUUGGAGGUGCAUGACGAGCGCUUCGGAGCUGUUUUCCACUCGGAGGUCGAGAUUUGGCCGGCCGGAUCCGGAUCCGGCGUUUGCCUAUUCUGCAAAUCGGAACUUUCACCAGAAUAACAAUCGUCGCCACCAUAAUCAUCACAUUAACCACCAUAACGGCCAUGAUUUGGAUGGCUGCGAUCCUCUUCGACGGUCACCGCGUGUCCGUCUCAUCAGUCCCCGUGCCUCCUCCCACUCUGAGUGGGUUUUAGGGAGACUUGAACAGGGAGGCAACCAGUUUGUGCCGAGCAGCAGCAGGGAAAAUGGAGAUGCUGUGAGCAGUACUACAAGUAGGCCUGCAAAUGAGAGGCUUCCGGGUGCUGUACUCCUUGCCAGGGCAAGGCUUCUUGAGAGAUUGAGAGGGGUCUCAGUGAACAGGCAUGGUGGCAGAGCAUCGGGCAAUUCCCAGAGGCACUACAUCUUUGGUGAUGAUUUCAGGCUUGUUGAUGCAGGGGACUGGGGAACUGAGAUAUCUACAGGUUCAUCGGCCAGAGGCUCUCCUUCUGCUGAGUCAACAUAUCAAACUGAAAGGCUUCAGUUCUUGCAAGAAAAAAAUCAGAAGCCACCAGGUCUGAGUCAGGAGGCCCUGGAUAGUUUACAGCUUGAGAUCUUCAGCAGCAGGGAAAGAAUGAUGUCAAGGGAAUCAAGCGUUUUUGUUUCCUGUAAUGAUUCCUGGGACUGUAGUAUAUGUUUGGAGAGCUUCAUAGAGGGAGACAAGCUUACCAGGCUACCGUGCAGGCAUAGGUUUCACUCUGCUUGCUUGGACCCUUGGGUUAGAACAUGUGGGGACUGCCCAUAUUGUCGAAGACGCAUACUUUAAGUAAAUAUACUUACAAGCAAGAGCAAAUUCCUAUAGAAGACUAUUGUUUUUCCCUUUCUCCACCUGCCUUGUGCCGUGACCAAAAUUUUGAGACGUGCACCAUACGUGUUGGUUUUCUGUAACUUGAACUUAUUUGUGGUCCUCUCUGUCUGUUGUAAAACUUGAAGAUCUGCCUGAACUUUGAUACAGCAGAACUGAAGGAUAACUGUAAAGUAUCUACUCCUAUUCAUAUUUAUCUGUUCCUAUUCUUCUGUUCAUAUAUAUAACUAAAUUCUCAACUAACAU